AUGGGCGUUGAGUUAAAGGAAAGACGUGAAAAUAUGCUGCUUCUCCUGAGGAAAGAACCCGAAUCGCCUUCAGACUUUCCAGAACAGGUCAGUAUAUCAAGAUAUAAACUAUUAUUUGCUUUUCUAAUAGAUCUAUUAUCCAAGCUUUUUUUCUUGUGGCCGAGCGAUGGUCCAUCAAUCAAGGAAUCUCUUGGAGAACAACUCGAGGCUCUUGAUAUAAUUCGAGCGAAAUUUGGCUGUCACCUCUACCUCCCGAAGAAUGCCCCUGACUAUAUAUGUGCUCUUGGUCCCAAUCAUGAUACGAUGAGGCAGAUCGCACAGCUUCUUAGGACCAAGUGGAGUGAGACUGUUGCCAAUAGCCACGUUAGGUCGAAGGUCUACAUUUCAGAGCCUCCCAAAAUCCUGAGAGACAAGAUUGUCGUGGAAAAUAAUACCUUCUUUGCGAAGGCCUUUCUUCAUGGAAAGGUAGUGAAGAGCCUUCAGUCGGAGCAGUGGCAGAAUCGACGUACUUUGAUACAGACAAAGAACAAGGCACACAUCUCGAGUGCCCUUUCAAGAUCCUUGCGAGGUGUCUCCUUUGUCCGUGGGCACUUGCGCAUGCGUGUCAACCUUGGUUCGUUUGUGCUUGAUGAGUAUCGCAUGCCCAAGAACGAAAAAGCUGGGUAUAGUUUUGAGGAGUUCAGAGAGAUGGUAUUGCAUGAACAAACAAAAGGCCGCUUGAUUCCAGGGUAUGGACUCCCUAUUAUUUAUUUGUCCUAG